AUGCUCUCGAAGCUCACCCUGCUCGGCCUCGUGUCGAGCGUCGUCGCUCAUGGGACGGUAUCCGGGAUCGUGGCAGAUGGGAUAUACUACGACGGCUACAACCCUUCGUACCAGUGGAUCACGCCCGCGCCCGUGACCAUCGGCUGGAAGAUCCCAGCCGACAUCGACAACGGCUUCAUCGCGCCGAACAACUUCGGCACCGCGGACGUGAUCUGCCACGUCGGCGCCACGAACGCCAUGGCCGCCGCCCCGGUGCGAGCCGGCGGGAAGAUCGUGCUGCAGUGGACGCCGUGGCCGGCGUCGCACAAGGGCCCCGUGAUCGAGUACCUGGCCAACUGCAACGGGCCCUGCGAGACGGUCGACAAGACGAAGCUGCUCUGGACGAAGAUCUCGGCCGUGGGCCUGCUGAGCCCGACGGCCAUGACGAACGGCUUCUGGGCCUCGGACCAGCUGGUGGCGAAUAACAACAGCUGGACCACCACGAUCCCGUCGACCAUCGCCAAGGGCAACUACGUGCUGCGACAUGAGAUCAUCGGCCUUCACUCCGCCAGCCAAGCCAACGGGGCGCAGGACUACCCGCAGUGCGUCAGUCUCGCCAUCAGCGGAUCCGGCACCGACAAACUCACAAGCGGAACGCUGGGCACGGCGCUGAUGAAAGCGACGGAUCCGGGGAUCCUGUUCAAUCUGUACGCGCCGCUGUCGACGUACACGAUACCCGGUCCGGCGCUGUACAAGGCUGCGGUGGCCAUAAGCCAGACGCUGCCAGCGAAGGCGACGGCGACUGCCACGGGGGUUUAUACCGUGGUUUGA